AUGCCUUCCACCACCGCCUUCUUCGACAGAAGAGACCUGGUACCCAGCCACGAAGGAGACCAUAUCCUCCCGGCAGAACCUCUCUUCACGCGUUUGCUGGCCUUGGCUCACCGUCGCAACCCCAGACCGGCGAUCCGCGACGUGAAUGCCGGGGUAGAACGUACAGCGGCAGAACUGCUCAGCGACGUACUCAGGCUCCGCCGUGUGCUCCAGUCGAAUCUCACCCGACAGACCCUCGACGACCUCCGCCGAGGUCAAGAAGUGUUCAUCAGCAUAGUGGCGCCGGGAGGGUAUGAGUUCACCGUUGGCGUCCUGGCCGUCCUGGCGCUCGGCGCUGCCGUGAGUCCCUUCAGCAGUGCCCAACCCGUGACAGAGGCAGUGUACUACAUUACCAAAGCGCGGUCCGUGGCGCUCCUCGCGUCGGCGACAACACUCUCUCUAGCUGAGGCGGCUUCACGAGAAAUCCAAACAUCAUCACCACCAUCAUCUACUGCUGAGCCAUCGUCGCAACCCUUUGCUUUCGUGCCCAUACGGUCGAUGAACCAAGAACCGCCCAUCGCGCUCGACAAGAUCAAAAUCUCAUCGAACCGGUUCCUGGACCCCAACUCGGCCGGCGUCGUGAUAUUCACUUCAGGCACGACGGGUCCUCCCAAAGGCGCGGUCCUGUCUCGUGCAGCAAUGAUAGACGGCUCCCUAUCGUUUGCGCAACAGAUGGGCCUCGACUCCUCCGACACGCUUCUGCACUUGCUUCCCGUGCACCACGCGACGGGGAUCUGGGUGUCGUUCUUCCCGUUCCUCCUCACGGGGGCAUGCAUCGAAUUCAAAUCCGGCAGCUUCGAUGCCGAAUGGACCUGGAAUCGCUGGCGCCGAGGCGGACUCACAUACUUCACGGGCGUACCGACCAUCUACAUGCGCAUGAUGCGAUGGUAUCAGGAAAAUUUCUCGUCGUCCUCGUCCUCGUCGUCGCGCACCGGUGAAGGAGAGUCGGCGUCUUACAAAGCCGCCGCGGCCGCGCUCAAAACCUGUCUCUGCGGCACGUCGGCCCUGCCCAAGCCCAUCGCGGACUUUUGGACGACGCUCCGUGACGGCCGGCCGAUCGUGCAACGGUACGGAUCCACAGAGUCCGGGGUCGUGUUCAACAUGUCCGCGCACCCGGACGAAGCACGCAGCACCCCGGACGGGUCCGUGGGCGAACCCACAGUGGGUGUCGACGUGAGGCUUGCCUCCGACGACGGUGGCAGUGACUGUGGCAGUGGUGGAGACACCGAAAGCCACGAAGGUGAGAUCGUGAUCAAGUCGCCUUACAUGUUCAGCAAGUACAUCUACGACGCCGAGGCGACUGCCGCCGCACACACAGCCGACGGGUACUUCCGGUCCGGCGACGUCGCGCGCAGGGAGGGCAAGUACUUCUUCAUCGUGGGACGGGCGUCGGUCGACAUUAUCAAGUCCGGUGGGUACAAGAUCUCGGCGCUGGACGUGGAGCGAGAACUCAUGGCGCUGCCGUACAUCGCGGAGGCCAUGGUCGUGGGCGUGCCGGACGACGAGUUCGGCCAGCGUGUCGGCGCCGUCGUGUCGCUGCUGGGCCUGAGCAUCGCCACCGACGAGAACAACGAGACGGGCCCCGCCCUCGGCCUCGAGCGUCUGCGUGACGACGUCCGGGGUCGGUUGGCCGGGUAUAAAAUGCCGACUCUCCUGCGCGUCAUCCAGGGCGAGUUGCCCAAGAGUGGCACGGGGAAGGUGAUGAAGAAGACUCUGGGUCCGCGGUAUUUCCCACCCGAUUACAUCAAGGACGGCGACGUGCAGAUCUGGAACAGCGCGAAGAAGCGUGACGCGGGUAGACCUGCAAAGUUGUAA